AUGGUCGCGUCUCUAGAGCUCGCACGAGCAGCGUUGGUGAAAGGCGGCGUGCUGCGCGCCGGCGUCAACCUGUCCAACUUCUUGCUGGUGAGCAGCCGCGGCCCCAACGACGAGCCGCGGGGCGUGUCACCGUCGCUGUGCCUCGAGCUCGCAAACCGCCUCGACGCGGAGCUCGAGAUCGUACCCUACGCGAACCCCGGCCUGCUCGCCGACGGCGCGGCCAAGGGCGAGUGGGCCGUCGGUUUGAUCGGCGCGGAGCCGGCGCGCGCGGCGACCAUCGCCUUCACGAGGCCGUACGCGGAGAUCGAGGCGACCUACGCCGUGCCGCCGGGCUCGUCCUACGGCGACGUCGCGGCCGUGGACGCGGCGGGCUGCACCGUCGCCGUGUCGCGGCGAUCCGCGUACGGUCUCUGGCUCGAGGCGAAUCUGGAGAAAGCAUCACUCGAGCAGACCGCGGAGCCGGGCCUCGCGGCGUCGGCGGACCUCUUCUUCGAUGCGCGGGCCGACGCGCUGGCGGGCCUGCGGCCGUGGCUGCUCGGCCUCCGGGCCGACGACGACCGGUUCCGCGAGUUCCGCGUGCUCGACGGCCGCUUCGCGACGGUGAACCAGGCCAUCGGCACGCCGCGGCUCGGGCGGGAGGACGACGCGCUCCCCUUCCUCGCGGCCUUCGUCGACGACGUCACGAGCUCCGGCCUCGUCGCGGACCUCAUCCGCGACACGGGCGUCGAGGGCAAGCUGUCCGUCGCGGCUGCUAGAAAAUAG